AUGGGUUAUAUUUCUGGUGUUGUUCUUUGAGUGAAUGUUGUUAAGUUUGCUUCUGAUUUGGUGGAGGGCACUGUCGUUGAUCUAGACUACUACUAACUACAUCCCUGUUCCAGUCAUCGCUGUAUUAGGCUCUGGAGGUGGCGUACGUGCCAUGUUGAGUCUUUUGGGCUCAUUGUCAGGACUUCAGGAAAUCGGGGUGUUGGACUGUGUGACCUACAUUUGUGGAGUGUCUGGGUCAACUUGGGCUAUGAGUUCUUUAUGUGAAAAUCCUGAGUGGACUAAAGAUUUAGAAUCUUUAACUAAAGACAUCUGCAGUAAGAUCGUAAGACAAGAUGCUUCUUGGGAAAAAAUCAUUGACAUUAUCUUUGAGGAAGAACGUCUCCGGAAAAGAUUGGUGGAAGCUGCCAGAAAAAACGACUUCUCGUUGACAGACGUUUGGGCAGCAGCUGUCAGCUAUCUGAUUGGAAAGGAAAACACUCACUUUCUUUCAAGUCAUCAAAAAUCUGUGAAAAGGGGGAUGAACCCAUACCCAGUAUAUGCUGCCAUUGAUAAAGAAGCCUUCAACAUAGACGAAAAGUAUCACCCAGAAAUUUGGUUUGAAUUCACACCCCAUGAAUGCGGCUUUCCAUAUUACGGAGCAUUUAUUGAAACAUGUGACUUCGGGAGCAAAUUUGAAGAAGAGACUGUGACAAAAAGCCACCCAGAGCUUGAUGUGUGUCAUUUACAAGGUAUAUGGGGCAGUGCAAUGGCACACGAGGAAACAUUGAGGCAAUAUGUAAAAGAUAAAGUAAAAGACCUCUGGAGAACUAAUGUUGACUGUGAUCCAGGCAUUGUGGAUUUCAUUUUUGACUCACUACAUGGUCCAGUUACAGAAGGAAUGAAAAUUAUCACUGAUUAUACCAUGAACCAGAUAGAGGAGGUUUUUGCAGAUGAUGAUGAGUUUUCACAAUUCUUAAACAAGACAAAAGACGCCUUGUUGAACUGGAAGUUUGGAACGAGUUACAACUACCUUCAUGGCUGCCAGUGGUUCAAACAACAAGAUAACAACUUGAUAAACAUAGAUAAUGUGAUAGAGAAGGAGUUUGUGUCUCUUGUUGAUGCUGGUUUAGCUAUAAACUGUGCCUACCCUCUGAUGCUACAUCCAAAACGGAAAGUAGAUGUGAUCAUUUCAUUGGACUACAGUGAUGGAGAUAUUUAUGAGACAUUGACACUAGCUAAGAAGUUUGCUGAAGAAAAUAAUCUUCGUUUUCCCUCGGUGGACACAAAACACGAGCAACCUGAAGACUGUAGUGUGUACAGCGGCCCUUCGACUCCAACAGUGAUUCACAUGCCCCUAUUCAACGAGUUUAACAAGCAUGAGGCAACUAUUUCCAACUAUCCUACUUUACAGUCAGGAUACUCCCAAGAAGAUAUCGACAAACUUUUGAAGAUAGCCAAAGAAAAUGUUACACGAAAUAAGGAAAAAAUAUUGGCAGCAAUCAAGAACGACAAAUGUGCAAAAGAAACUGUCGAAGAAAACCCUGAAAGUUGCUGUCUAUGUUAAAUAUCCAUCAGACCCUCCAUAACAACACAGUCACACUCCUCUCAUCGCCUCCAGUACUGAAAUGUCUUGGUGUCACAGGUUUUGGGACAGGGUGGUCAAAUAAACAUAAAGACCCUCUGAUUUCAGUCUGUUAGUUUCACUCUCUAUUUUCAACAUUCAUCAUUAUGUUUGUGUCAUAUCUGUCCUAAAUUAAAUUAUA